AUGAAACUGUCAAUCACCGUACUGUCAUCGAUCCUUGCUGUCUGCUCAGUCACGAUUGCCAAUCCAGUUGAUCCCAGUUCGACUACAAGCAUUGAAUCUACUUCCAACAUAGCUGCUCCUAGUGAAACUUCAAUUGCAACUGGUGAACCAGACUACUCAGAAGAUCCUAGCCCAUAUAAUCUAUAUGAAUCGUAUUGUCAUCCAAUUACGCUGGAUGGAGUAGCAAUGAUUCAGUUAUUUGCAUCAAAUAUGCAUAUGACUAAACAAAUAAAAAAAGAAAUCAACAAGAAAACAGCAGAGAUUAAAAGUCAAAGGAAAGCGCUGAGGAAGUUGAGGCGAAGAAUUAAAUCUCUGGCGAAUUGCAGUCGGGGGUUGGUGAUCUUAGACGUUAAACUCGAGAUUAAAGAUCAAACCAUCAAUCUCAAAAAGCUCAAACAAAGGUUGAAAUUGCUCAUUAAAAAGCAUUCACGAAAUAUUACCAAAGAGGAUAAAUUACAAUUGACGCUUUAUCACCACCUUGUGGAAUAUGAUACGACUGGACAGAUGACUAAUGUGGGACCGAAAGGCCUGUAUAAAAAUCAGAAUUUUUUGAAAUGCUUUUAUUCUUUCUACGAUCGCUUAUCAAAAUGA